AUGUACCAUUUUGUUGAACUGUUUUUUUUUUAUGUUUUUUUUCAACAGCUGUAAGUGCACAUUCACCCUCUACUAGCAUAGCAUCAUCUGCACAAUACAGACAGCUGGUGAAUGACUAUGGACCCCCAUCCUUAGGAUAUACUCAGAGUACAACCAGCAAUCAGGUGCCGCAAAGCAAGUAUGCAGAGCUUCUUGUCAUUAUAGAAGAGCUGGGUAAAGAAAUUAGACCAACCUAUGCAGGCAGUAAAAGCGCAAUGGAGAGACUAAAAAGAGGUAAGGGUGUGUUUAAUUCCCUCACAUAA